GGUGAAAACUACCCUCGAAUUUCUGAAUAAAAUGGGUAUGUAAGUAAAUUCCUCGAAAAAUACUGGAAAUGGAAAUGUUGAACAUGAAAGAAGUUUGGUUUCUAACGAACAAUAACAUCCUUUGAAUGUAAAUGGUGUCAAGGCAUAGGUGGCACCACUGUAGUUAAUUAUAAUAUAUUGCUUUUUUAUAAAUAUUUCUCGUAAAGCAUGUUUUUACUGACUAUAAACAAUUCGAUUUGAACAAAUAAAACCAAUAAGCACAUAUUUUUCCUAAUUUUUCGAUUUAGUCAAGAAUAAUUCAAAAUAUUUUUGAUAUUCUACAUCAUGUAUAAUUUUGGUAUAUUUCUCAUAUCAGUGUACUUCACAAAUACAUAAAUUCCACGGUUUUUUAAUAAUCAAGAUUUGGAGUGGUUCAAAACAUACCUGUAAUAUCUGCAAAGUAAGCACCAUCUUUGUCUAGAUUGUUUUAUAAAAUGAAAUCGAGCUUUUCUUAAAAUAUUAUGUUUUUUUAUUUAUUGACUACUGUUGGUUGUAGGGAAUGUUCAACUACGGUACGCAGGCAUCGGUACAGUGGAGUAGUCUAAAUGAAAAGUUCAACGCUGCUCUGCAGGGAUUAAGGGCGCGGCGUUUAACGUGUUAAGAACUUUUUUAAAAACUGUACUUACGGGAACCUUGCAAUGAAAGUUAGACGAAAAGAAUUAUAGAACUUUUAUCAAGAAAAGUUUCAUAAUAUAAAUAUAAAACUAUUAUAGUACAUUGUACAUACGUACAUACACACAUUGUCAUGUUGGCUUCAGUUGGAGGGCGUUUUCCGGGCUGGAGUGUCCUGACCUGUUUAUAAGAUCGUGGUAUCUGAAACGUUCAAUAAACGAAACGCUUCCUCGAUUCGUGAUCCGCGAAUUUCAAUUCGAACUCUUGACACUAGAACGCCAUAUUUCAUUUUUAGACACAGUAAAAUAGAGGAAUAUUUUUAUGUAUAGAAUAGCCAACUGUAAAUUAGUCAUUUUUACGAAGCCGCGUUUAAGUAGUUAUGUGGUCGUUCGAAACAUCGUUUGAGUUUAUUUUCUCUUAAAUAAUCUAUCUGUUAAACAUGAAACUUAAACGAUAAGUUCAGCAAUCGAUACACUCCAAAGGAUGUGAAGUUUUGCUGAGAUAAACUAGGUGUGAAUGUAAUUAGAGUGCUACUUUUUAUUAAUGCUAAAAUAAUUCUGGUUUAUAAUAUCUGCUAUAUUUAGGCAUGACUAAAGUACUAACUACUUUGAAUCAUCAUACAAAAAUCAAUAUCCAAAUACAAUAUUAUCAAUAGUUUCAUGGAGUUAUUAGUGUAAUAACAUUGUAAUUAGUUACACACUUUAAUAAAACAUCAUGAAGUUAUCCAUUAACUCUGGUUGACAUGAAAAUAAUAAUUACGUUGGAAUAACAAUCUUAAAAUGGGAAUGAAAGUUACAUAAAUGAAGAAAAGUAAUGGAUGGAAUACAUUAUUUAUUGGAAUAAACGCAAAUAUACAAAAAUGAACGAAUUAAAUAUUUAAAAAAAAACGAAAUUAACAAAUUACAGACGUGGUAGUAAUAAAUUGAUGGAAUGUAAUGGAAUAAAUUAAUUAUUGAAAUAAACGAAAAUACACAAAAAUGAACGAAUUAAAUAUUUGAAAAGAAUCAAAAUAAAUAAAAUAAAGUAAAUAAAAUACAAUAUCACAAAAUCAAAUACCUAGUAAACACAGCAAUAAUUGUUACAAAAUGGAAAAGCAAUUUUAUAAAUUCACAAAAUAAAGUUUAUACUUAAUCGAAACACUAGUGUCUAACUACCCCUGAUGAAAUUUCUCAACCAACUUUAGGUUUGACUUGUCAUCAGUCGAGAUCUUGAUACCACAAACACUUUGUUGGGCAGGGAUGGGAAUCUAAGUGUCACUCUUUAGGAAAGAUAUAAACACGAGAAAGUAGACUGGAAUACAGUGUACCCUAGCGUGGCAUUCUAGGGUUAACGAGAAAAUCGAAGAAGCGUGAAAGAUAGUUGUCUGCAAACCAUUACUUCGACGAUUGCUUCGCGGAAUUUUUAUUCGAUCCUUUGCAUUAUCGACGUACCGUUUAAGUGUCUGUAUCUAGCCUGUCUUGAAAUGAACUUCCUCUUUCUAAAGCGUAUUUCCCAAUCCCACGCAGCACGAACUAGAUACAGUACAGCAGGUGAAAGAAGAGAUAGAAGAGUUACGAGAAUACGUGGAUCGACUUGAAGAACACUCACAUCGACGGAAACUUAGACUUUUGGAGCAGGGGCUAACACUUUUCCUGUCGUAUGCAAUACUGGCAGCAGUCUUAGGAAUGUUGCAGUUUGGAUACAACACUGGAGUUAUUAAUGCGCCGGAAGUGAACAUUGAAAAUUUUAUGAAAGACGUUUACAAGGACAGGUAUGGAGAAGACAUUUCCGACGACUCUGUGAAGAAAUUGUAUUCAGUGGCCGUAAGCAUAUUUGCGAUUGGUGGUAUGCUAGGUGGUUUUAGCGGAGGAAUAAUUGCCAACAGAUUUGGCAGAAAGGGGGGCUUACUGCUAAACAACGUGCUGGGCAUCGUGGGGGCGUGCCUGAUGGGUUGUACAAAGAUUGCUCACUCAUACGAAAUGUUGUUCUUUGGACGGUUCAUCAUCGGUGUCAAUUGUGGCUUAAACACCUCGUUGGUUCCCAUGUACAUAUCGGAGAUAGCACCACUGAACCUGAGAGGCGGCCUAGGCACGGUGAACCAGCUCGCUGUUACGGUGGGUCUCCUGGUCUCCCAGGUGCUGGGCAUCGAGCAAAUCCUUGGAACAAAUGAGGGUUGGCCAGUUCUCUUAGGGCUAGCUAUCUGCCCUGCCAUUCUACAGUUACUGCUGCUUCCAGUUUGCCCUGAAUCACCAAGGUAGACGGCUACGUAGCCAUCAUAGUAA